GAACGUCCCGUAUGUGGGAGUGCCUGGCUGAGAAGUAGGUCACUAGGUUCACUAUUUAUGUGAAGCAGAUCUUCUCUGAUUGACUGUCUGGUGUUUGACAGUCAAGUAAGAUAAGAAAAUAGACAUAAGAAGAUACGAUCAGAAAAUAAAGAAACCAACAAUGGAGUCACUGAUUGCUGCAAACACCAACUUCUCCCUGGACCUGUUUAAGAAGAUAAGUACGAUUAAGAAAGCGGACAACAUCUUCUACUCACCACUCAGCAUCUCCUCUGCACUGGCCAUGGUGUACAUGGGCGCCCGGGGCAACACAGCUACACAGAUGUCCAAGGUGCUUGGCUUUAAUAAAGAAAAGAAACCUGAAGUUAACCUUGGACUGCAACAGCAAGUACAAAAGCCUCAGCUUCAAAGAGAUAUGUUGGAGUCUUUCCACUCCCAGAGUGCUGAUGGUAACAUUCAUGCUGGAUUCAGGAAACUGAUGUCUGAACUGAACAAAGAGGGCACCCAGUAUGCACUGAGCCUGGCAAAUCGCCUGUAUGGGGAUCAGUCUUUUGAGUUUGAGAAGAAAUACCUUAUGGGCACCAAGGAGUUCUAUCGGGCAGAACUGGAGACUGUUGACUUCAAAUCAAAUGCAGAGGAUGCCAGAGUGAACAUUAACAGCUGGGUGGAGAAGCAGACUCAAGAGAAAAUCAAGAACUUGCUGUCGAAAGGGACUGUUAACGACAUGACUAGACUGGUGUUGGUGAAUGCUAUCUAUUUUAAGAGUGACUGGGACAGCAAAUUCAAAGAGGCAGACACAAAUGAAGUGCAGUUCAAACUGAAUAAGAAUGAAAGUAAGCCAGUGCAAAUGAUGCACCAGACAUCUGCAUUUGGCUUGGUGUUCAUUCCAGAGGUCAAUUGUCGGAUUCUGGAGAUGCCUUACCUUGGUAAAGAGCUGAGCAUGCUCAUUAUUCUGCCCCAAAAGAUUGAGGAUAAAUCUACAGGGCUUGAGAGGUUGGAAAGGGAGCUCACAUACGAGAAGCUCAUCGAGUGGACACAGCCUGACAAGAUGGAUUAUAAUCAGCUAAUGGUGGCUUUGCCCAAGUUCAGGAUGGAAGAGACCUAUGACCUGAAAGAAAUUCUGAUAAGUAUGGGCAUGCAGGAUGCCUUUGAUGUAUCCAGAAGCAACUUCUCUGGAAUAUCUUCUAGCAGUGAACUGGUGGUGUCCAAAGUGGUGCACAAGUCCUUUGUGGAGGUGGACGAGGAGGGCACAGAGGCCGCUGCUGCCACUGCUGUCGUCUUCGAGUUGACAAGUGCCAGGCCACCGCCAAUUUCGUUCAUCGCAGACCAUCCCUUCCUGUUCUUCAUCAGACACAACCCCACUCAGAGCAUCCUCUUCUAUGGCCGUUUCUGCUCCCCUUGAAGUCUGAAGCUUGACAGAUUCCAGUUAUAAACUGGAGUCAAAAAAAUAAAGUCUGUACGUUAAAUGGCUCUGUAAUGCUGUUUGCCUUAAAAGAAUGUAAUCAACUAAAGCAUGUUUCUUGCAGUACAUUGUAUUCAUUUACAGUAUUUUUAUGCCAUCCUCUUUAAAGUUUACUGCUGGCUUAAUUACUAA